GCACUCGCGGUGGCGAGCAUGGGGUGCUAAUCGAGGUGCUAAAAAGACCCGAUUCGCGCGCCGAAGACCGUAAAUCGAGCGGCGAAAAGACCUGAGUCGAGCGUCAAAAGGCCUGCGCGCCUGCACAGUUCGCCGCAGCGCCUCGCAGCCACGGCAUCCCUCGUGGCCGCGACGAUGCGGUGGCGCCCGACGGUCCUCGCCGCGGCGGCCCUCGGCGGCCGCGCGCUGCUGACGGCGGCCAUGGCCGCCGUCCAGGGCGUCAACAUCCUCGACGGCGCCGCGACGGCCAAGGCCAUCCGCGCGGAGCUCGGCCGCGACGUCGACGCGCUCAGGGCCGCCCACGGCGUCACGCCGGGUCUCGGCGUCGUGCUCGUCGGCGAGCGGCGCGACAGCCAGACCUACGUGCGCAUGAAGCAGAAGGUCGCGGCGGAGAUCGGCGUGCACUGCGUCGACGCCCUGCUGCCCGACACGGCGUCGGAGGCGGAGAUCCUGGCCGCCGUCGAGGCGAUGAACGCGGACCCGGACGUCCACGGCAUCCUCGUGCAGCUGCCGCUGCCCGCGCACGUCGACGAGGGCCGCGUGCUCGGCGCCAUCGACUUCCGCAAGGACGCCGACGGCUUCAGCGAGACGAACGUCGCGCGCCUCGUCAUGCAGGGCGGGCCGCCGCCGCUCGCGAUGCCGUGCACGCCCGCGGGCUGCGUCGAGCUGCUCCGGCGCCACGGCGUACCGCUCGCGGGGAAGCGGGCCGUCGUGCUCGGGCGGUCGAACAUCGUGGGCAUGCCCGUGGCGGCGCUGCUCCAGGCCUGCGACGCGACGGUGACCGUGUGCCACUCGGCGACGCCCGACGUCGCGGCCGUCGUCCGCGACGCGGACAUUGUGGUGGCGGCCGUGGGGCGCGCGCGCUACGUCGAGGCGUCGUGGCUCAAGCCGGGCUGCGUCGUCGUCGACGUCGGCAUCAACGCCGUCGACGACCCGGAGGCGAAGCGGGGCUACCGGCUCGUGGGCGACGUGGACUUCGACGCGGCGAAGGACGUCGCGUCGCUCAUCACGCCCGUGCCCGGCGGCGUCGGGCCCAUGACCAUCGCCAUGCUCAUGUCGAACGUCGUGAACCUGACCAAGGCGAGCCUGGGCGUCGAGACCGCGCCGCUGCCGGGGCGCCUGGGGGACGCGGAGACGACGACGCGCCUGAGCGGCCUGCCUAAGGAGGGCCCUUGAAAG